UAAGUCCAGGCCAGGUCUGUCUGGUGACGGACGUUUUCGCUUCACACAACGCUUCUCUCUCUCUCUCUCUCGACGCUGCCUUCUCAGUUCCUGCUCACAUUUCCCCUCGAUUUAAAAACCCUAAUAUUUAUGAUUUCUUAUACUUUUGUUUUGCCAAUUCUCGAUCGUCGUUGUUGCUUGUGAUGCUCCCCUCGAAUCCCUGAGAAGGCUGAAUUCAUCAGGAAGCUCUCAGUUGAUAUGCUCUGUCACAAUAACUGUUAUCAUCAUGAAUUUACCCAUGUAAUCUUCCGUCAAAGUCCUUAGCAAUGCAAUUAGCACAACAUGAUAUUCGGACUGAGGAUACUUCAGAAACAGAACCCAUUUUAUCUCAGUCUAGUACAGCAGAGAGAUCAGAAGAAUGUUCCUCCUCAAUUGAAAUAACUGUCGGUGUGGAUUCUUCUACUAUAGCUGCUGCUGAUCUAUCAAUUCCGGAUAUUGCUGAGAAUAUUGCUCUCGUGCGUGCAGAGCAACCACAAUGCCGCAUAUGCCUCGACACUGAAGGAGAAGAUUUAAUUGCACCAUGCCAUUGUAAGGGCACCCAAAAGUAUGUCCACAGAUCAUGUCUCGAUAAUUGGAGGUCAACAAAGGAGGGCUUUGCUUUUGCUCACUGUACAGAAUGCAGGGCAAAGUUUAUAUUGCGUGCCAAUGUCCCUCCUGAUCGGUGGUGGUUGAGGUUAAAGUUUCAAUUUCUUGUUGCGAGAGACCAUGCUAUCAUUUUCGUUAUUGUUCAGCUGAUUGUUGCAUUUCUUGGCGUGCUGGUGUACAAAUUUUAUGGAGAAGAACUACGGGAGAUGUUUGGUUAUGAAGAACACCCGUAUGGGUUUUAUACAAUGGCAGUUUUGGCAAUUGUGUUGGUUGGGUUGCUCUAUGGCUUCUUUAUUGCAAUAAUAUGUGGACAGAGGAUCAAUGAACGCCACUACCAUGUUCUUGCCAAGCAAGAACUGACAAAGGAGUAUGUUGUAGAAGACCGAGAAGCUAACAAGGGCAUGUCAGAACUUGAUCCCAGCCAUGUGACUGAGCUAAGAAUGCUAGGCCUCUACUAAGAUCGUUUUGAUCAGCUGACGCCAUGCUUGUCUUGAUGAUAUGAAUUUUAUUGCAUCUCCCCAAGUGUCCAGCAAGUUACACUUAAUAUGCCUUUGAAACAGGUUAGCACCUUUUCAGGGAAGCUGAUCCAGAUCCGGGGGAGCGAAUGCAGAUUUUGAUUAUAAAACUACGGGUCCCACUACUUGUCCAUUGAUAUA